AUGUCCUCCACUCCAUCAACCCCAGCAUCAACUCCACCUUCUGUCGAUUUCAGAAAUGCAACCAUCGAAAAUCAUUGGAACGAUCCGCCACAUACGAUCUUUAAAAAAGCCAGUGGCGAGCAACUAGAUAAAGAAAGCUCACAGGACGAGAUAGCCGAGGCUUUGACGACUGUGUUAAAUCACUGUCAACCAGUCUUUACGUCAGGACCUAAUAAACGAGUGUAUGCGGAUACGGCGCAACGGAUUAAUGGUAUGCUUAAAGAGAUAGAAAAUGAUGAAAUUUUUCCGCACGUAAUGCAAUCACUUGCCGGUUUAAGCAAAGCUUUGGAAACAAAGGAUUGGGAAACAGCAAAGGAGAUCCACACCAAGCUUAUGACGACGGAGUAUGAGAAGCAUGGUGGAUGGCUCCUUGGCCUUAAACGACUGAUCGACUUAUACAACAAAGCAAGUUCUUAG